GUGGGGCCGGCGGAGGCGCACCUCCAAUCUCUGCGGCGGCAGCGGAAGGGGGAACUCGGAUCCGGCGGCUGGCGGCUCAGUUGCUUGCAGAGCGGAGGCGCGCGAGGUGUCCGGCUGCAAGGCUGAGCCUCUGCCGGGAAGAAGGCGCGGGACCUCGGCCUGAGGAGACGCUGAAAAAGAGGAGUCCUGGGAAGACUCCUGUGGAGGAAGAUGCCCAGUACAGACCUUCUAAAGUUGAAGGACUUUGAGCCUUACUUGGAGAUUUUGGAAGCAUAUUCCACAAAAGCCAAGAAUUAUGUGAAUGGGUAUUGCACCAAAUAUGAGCCCUGGCAGCUAAUUGCGUGGAGUGUCCUGUGUACCCUGCUGAUAGUCUGGGUGUAUGAGCUUAUCUUCCAGCCAGAGAGUUUAUGGUCACGGUUUAAAAAGAAAUUAUUUAGGCUAAUAAGGAAGAUGCCAAUUAUUGGACGCAAGAUCGAAGAGCAGCUGCGGAAGACGAAGAAGGAUCUCGUCAAGCACAUGCCGUUCCUGAAGGUGGACAGAGAGUAUGUGAAAGCUCUGCCUGCUCAGGGCCUGAGCGCGGCUGAGGUUCUGGAGAAACUCAAGGAGUACAGUUCCAUGGAUGUCUUCUGGCAAGAAGGGAAAGCCUCGGGAGCUGUGUACAAUGGAGAGCCGAAGCUCACAGAGCUACUGGUGCAGGCUUAUGGAGAGUUCGCCUGGAGCAACCCGCUGCAUCCAGACAUCUUCCCUGGACUACGGAAGUUAGAGGCAGAAAUUGUAAGGAUGACUUGUUCCCUUUUCAACGGGGGACCAGAUUCCUGUGGUUGUAUGACAUCUGGGGGCACAGAAAGCAUCCUGAUGGCUUGCAAAGCUUACCGGGACUUGGCCUUUGAGAAGGGGAUCAAAACUCCAGAAAUUGUGGCUCCUGAGAGUGCCCAUGCUGCAUUUGACAAAGCAGCUCAUUAUUUUGGAAUGAAGAUUGUACGUGUUGCAGUGGACAAGAACAUGGAGGUGAAUGUGCGGGCAAUGAGAAGAGCCAUCUCCAGGAACACAGCUAUGCUGGUGUGUUCUGCCCCACAGUUUCCUCAUGGUGUGAUCGAUCCUAUUCCUGAAGUGGCCAAGCUGGCUCUCAAAUACAAAAUACCUUUUCAUGUGGAUGCUUGUCUGGGGGGCUUCCUCAUUGUCUUCAUGGAGAAAGCAGGGUACCCACUGAAGAAACCGUUUGAUUUCCGGGUGAAAGGUGUGACCAGCAUCUCGGCAGAUACUCAUAAGUACGGAUAUGCUCCCAAAGGUUCAUCAUUGGUGUUGUACUCUGACGAGAAGUAUAGGAAGUACCAGUUCUUUGUUGGUGCAGAUUGGCAAGGUGGCAUCUACGCAUCUCCAAGCAUGGCUGGCUCACGGCCUGGUGGCAUCAUUGCGUCCUGUUGGGCUACCUUGAUGCACUUUGGUGAGAACGGCUAUGUUGAAGCUACCAAACAGAUCAUCAAAACUGCUCGCUUCCUCAAGUCAGAAUUGGAAAACAUCAAAGGCAUCUUCAUUUUGGGGGAUCCUCAAGUGUCAGUUAUUGCUCUGGGUUCCCAUGAUUUUGACAUCUACCGACUAUCUAAUAUGAUGUCUGCAAAGGGGUGGAAUUUCAACUACUUGCAGUUCCCCAAAAGCAUCCACUUCUGCAUCACGUUAGUACACACUCGGAAGCGGGUGGCAAUCCAGUUCCUAAAGGAUAUUCGGGAAUCGGUCACACAAAUCAUGAAGAAUCCUAAAGCUAAGACCACAGGAAUGGGUGCCAUCUACGGCAUGGCCCAGGCAACCAUUGACAGGAAUCUGGUUGCAGAAAUAUCCUCCGUCUUCUUGGACAGCCUUUAUAGUACCGACCCUGUGACUCAGGGCAGCCAGAUGAAUGGUUCUCCAAAGCCCCGCUGAACUUGGAUCCUUGAUAAUUCCAUGGCGCUUCAGGCCUUCAGAAGGUUCCUGGCAUUUGGAACAGACCACACACAACUUGGCGUCUGGACCUGCUCCUGAGAGCACAAUACGAUAAACCAUGAGAUAGCUUCA